UCCUGCGUGCACCCAGGGUUGGCGCCUUUGAUCCUGGUGCAUCAGACCUGCCAGGCAGGUGUGCCAGCUACCCGAAGCCCAGGACACCCAUGGGUGCGGGGCUGCCACCUGUUUCCGCAGCAUCCUGAGGCUGGUUGGCGGCGUAGCGCAGGGAGGCGGGCUCCCCAGGACGCCCUUCAGCGUGGAGGGAACGCCUCACGGGCUCCGGGCCUUGCGGUUUGGGACGGAACGCCCAGCCCUUCAGACUCUGGCAGAGGCGCUCAAGUUCGGUUCAUCCUUUCUGCCUGGAGACAUUGCCUGUUUCCUUGCACGCAGGGAAGCAGAAGUCAGCACAUCCAUCCAGCAAGGGUGGGGUGGCCAGAUCGCCCAGAGCGCGCACGGACGGUUCGCCUGAACGGAAACCGAGGAUGGAGCCCUGGUGGGGCCUCUUCUACCUCACGUUCCUGUGUUACCUGAUGCACGUCCGAGGUCAAAGUGACUUCGAUUUGGCCGAUGCGCUCGAUGACCUCGAUAACUACCCAAAGCCGAGGCCCCCCUACCAGCCACAGCCCGGAAACCCCGACAACAGCGGAAAUAUCUAUCCAAGGCUAAAGCCACUGCCACGUCCCCAGCCUGGCAGCUCUGACAACAGUGCAGAUGGAGAUGGCUCUCCCUCGUACGGCAGCCCGCAAGGCAACAGGAUAGCAAAAAUCAUGUCUCCUAUCGUGUGCGGGGUGCUGGUGACCCUGGCGGGGGCAACGGUCAGCUAUUUCCAGUACAACAGUAGGAGGAAUUGUUGCAGGACAAAUGAACCAGAAAACAUCUGAGGCCUUCAAAAUCCACCCUUUGCUUUGAGAAAAGCUCCGCCCAGACAAGAACCGCCUUCAUCACUCCUGUGCAAAUUUCCUUUCCUUCUUGGCUUAAGCAGCUGCCCUGAAGGGUUUUCUCUCCUGUUUGCAAUAGACGUGCUACCUGACCAAGAAUUCCUAAUUCCUCAGACGCCUCGAUCAUGAUAAGGUAGACAGCUGGACCUUGGGUUGUAAAAAGAUUGCUUGAUCUGUUGGUUUCAUCGUGAAUCCGGACAGAGAUUCCAGCUCUGGAAUGAGCUCCGAAACUACCUCCUGGUGUGACCUCAGGCCACCGACGUGGUCACAGAGCACAGGGGCAGCAGGUGGCACCGGGGUCUCGGGCGGGAAUGCCAUCGGCUUCUAAAAGAUGGAGACAGACCGCUGUUUGGGUUUCCAGCAAGCUGGGGUGAGAAGCUUGACUGAUGCUGUACGUUCCUUAGUUAUGUCAGCAAUCCAGACCUGUGCAUCACCGCCCGUGAAUCGGGAAUGAGUGAUUUCUGACACUAACGGCAGAACGUGAACAUUAUUUCAGCUCACGAAAGUAUUGUCACCUGCAGAGGAUGAGGCUGGAUUUGGGAAACUUAAGUGCAAAAUCGCUGAUGUGGAAACCGUCUCGGGGAGGUGGUCAUGAGGUGCUUUUUCCUGUGAAAUGGUACAGUUUCUACAUUUUUGGGGGAGAACCUGGGGUAGAAAUAGAGGUUUGCAGAUGUUGAGGCUUUUCGUAUUAAUUUUGGUCUUUGAUCCUCUGUGGGUACCAGUUCUUAAGGCGACGGCAGUGCUUUCCUUGGUUUAUACUUUUCUUUUUACUGGACUAGGUAAUCUUCUAUCCUCAAAUAUCUAAAACGUAUACUAGCUGUUUGCUUCUAUUUUAGUAAUACUUUAGGGGAGAGGAAAAAGGAUGGUUUGGGCAGAUGAGUAUAGUUUGAUCCAACUGAGAUUAAUGCUGAUAGAAUUUUAGAAUUUAAAUAUUAGAACCAAAGAGGAGGCCAGUCACUAGCAUCUGGGUCUCAUAAAGACGACACGUUAACAUUCCAAAUACG